UUGCCCGUUGCUCGCCUGAUGCGUUCUACUCACAUCCGGGGCCUUGCCGCGUCCCGGCCCGAAGCUAAGAAGAAAGGAGGUGGCGGAAGAGCCGCCUGGUUCGACGGGGUGGGGGCGCGCGGGGAGCGCCUAGUCCUGUCCCGCUGGGGCUAGGCCUAAGUAAGAAGAAUAUUUGCCCUGGAUUUUUUCAAAAAGUUUUGCCUGCCAAUCUGCAAUUUAUUUCUAAAAAUUGCUUGAAGACUUGUCAAAUGACGUCAAUGGCUAGCCUGUUUUCUUUUACUAGCCCAGCCGUAAAGCGUCUGUUGGGCUGGAAGCAAGGAGAUGAAGAAGAAAAGUGGGCAGAAAAAGCGGUCGAUGCUUUAGUUAAAAAACUGAAAAAGAAAAAAGGAGCAAUGGAAGAGCUCGAGAGAGCGCUGAGCAGUCCUGGACAACCCAGUAAAUGUGUUACUAUACCUCGCUCAUUAGAUGGACGACUUCAAGUUUCUCACCGCAAAGGUCUCCCCCAUGUUAUUUAUUGCCGCGUGUGGCGUUGGCCAGAUCUGCAAAGUCAUCAUGAGCUAAAACCACUGGACGUUUGUGAAUUUCCUUUUGGAUCCAAGCAGAAGGAAGUCUGUAUCAAUCCUUAUCAUUAUAAAAGGGUGGAGAGCCCAGUUCUACCUCCGGUUUUAGUGCCAAGACACAGUGAAUUCAACCCACAGCAUAGCCUUCUGGUUCAGUUCAGAAAUCUAAGCCACAAUGAACCACACAUGCCGCAAAAUGCCACAUUUCCAGAUUCGUUCCAGCAGCCCAACAACACUCCAUUCCCCAUUUCUCCAAACAGUCCUUAUCCGCCUUCUCCAGCCAGUAGUACUUACCCAAAUUCUCCAGCUAGUUCUGGGCCAUCCAGCCCAUUUCAGCUACCAGCAGACACACCACCACCUGCAUAUAUGCCCCCUGAAGAUCAGAUGGGACAAGAUAAUUCGCAGUCUAUGGACACAAGCAGUAGUAUGAUUCCACAAAUAUUGCCAAAUAUUUCUAGCAGAGAUGUUCACCCUGUUGCCUAUGAAGAACCCAAGCACUGGUGUUCAAUUGUGUAUUAUGAAUUAAACAAUCGAGUUGGGGAGGCUUUUCAUGCCUCUUCCACUAGUAUCUUAGUAGAUGGAUUUACAGAUCCUUCCAACAACAAAAAUAGAUUCUGCUUAGGUUUACUCUCUAAUGUUAAUCGCAACUCAACUAUUGAGAACACCCGGAGACAUAUUGGAAAAGGUGUCCAUCUCUACUAUGUUGGUGGGGAAGUCUAUGCUGAGUGCCUGAGUGACAGCAGUAUAUUUGUACAGAGCAGGAAUUGCAACUACCAUCAUGGAUUUCACCCUACAACUGUAUGCAAGAUCCCCAGUGGCUGCAGCCUAAAAAUUUUUAACAAUCAGGAAUUUGCUCAGCUUUUAGCUCAGUCGGUGAAUCAUGGGUUUGAGGCUGUGUAUGAACUUACCAAAAUGUGCACAAUUCGAAUGAGUUUUGUAAAAGGAUGGGGAGCAGAAUAUCACCGGCAAGAUGUUACAAGCACCCCAUGUUGGAUAGAAAUUCAUCUUCAUGGGCCUUUACAGUGGCUGGAUAAAGUACUUACACAAAUGGGUUCUCCUCUAAAUCCGAUCUCUUCUGUUUCUUAGUACUCUUCACCAUAACCUUAGUGACCAUUUUCUAUUUCUACAGCAUCUUCCAGCAUGGAUACUAUGAAAAUGGAUGUCAUAUGUUAGCUUCUGUCAUCUGUGCCCAAUUCCAUACUGAUGCUGGUUUGUGAUACUAAAGAAACAUUCAAGUUUGCGGGACAAUAACUUUUAUUUCCAAACCUUUUUGCUAUGCAUAUGUAACAAAAACUUUGCCUUUACUGGAAAUGUCCUCUAGAGCAAGAUUGGGAAACUGACAUUAGGGAAUAAUCACUAGGUGCAGCUGCAACUAGCAAGUCUUAUGUUAGUGUAGCAUAAUUUUUGGGGUGGUAGAGGUUCUAAACAAAAAUAGCUUUGUUACACCUGAGACUGCCUUUUGUUUGACCAAUAAUUCACAUGCUGCUAGAACACGGCCAUACAGCCCGGAAACCACACAGCACCCAAUUCACAUGCUGUUUUUGUUUGACCAGUAUUCACAUGCUGAAAAAACACUUUUUACAUUUAGAAUAUUUGCCUUCUUGGCAAGGUGUCAUAUACAGCAGCAGUGCUAACCUUUUGAUUUAACUUUACCCAUUAUUUUGAAGAGCUAUUGAUCUGCAUAGCUUUUUAUUUUUUAGGCUAAUUGUUGUUUUCUUUUGAUUUACCACUCAUGCUAUGUGUGGGAGUUUUCCAGAUGUAGCUGCUAAAGCAAUCCAUGUGUGGAACAAAAAGUCUUCUGUAUAUAACACUUCAUAGAGAUUCACUGUGGUUUCUGUCUAUUGUGUUUUGCCUCCAUGUAACUGGUUACCUUGAAGGCUUCCUGACUUCACUGCUGUUACCUUGCAGUAUUAGUUGUGAUCUUUUUUUUUUUUUUGUAUUUCACUAACAGGAAUAUUUGGAAUUACACUGCAUUUCAGUGUUCAUGGAAACUUCUGAUAGAUUGGAUCGAUUAAUAAAGGGUGCAAAAUGAUUUCCUUCUAGAUUAUCAGGGAAGACCAGUCAUUGAAUAAAACUAACAAAAAGAUAAUCAAUAUCUGGUGAUUGCUAUCUACGUGAUAUAAGUAACAGAACUUAGUCCCCCACACAUGAAUACUUGGUGGUGUAACGUACUACUAGAGUAAGCAGUCUUGUCAUGCAGGUAAGUGGGCCUGGGCCCACUGAUAGAAUUAAUGCUAAUGCUAAGUUGCCCCAUAUUAAGGCAAAGCUAUUGUAGGUGCCAACUGAGAAAUAUUUCUGGCCUCAUUCCAGAAGAUGUAUGUGUGCCUGGGUCUCAAGCAUUUGCCAGUGCAAUUAAUCAGAGGAAAAUGUAAUUACCUUAAAUGUGUUAUGCAUGUUAUUCAGCUGCUCUAGGCAAACAAUAGUUUUACCAACAUUCAAUUUUAAACCACCUGAUCUCUCUUAUUUGUCCAUGUGGCUAAUAGGGCAGGUUUCCCUAUUCCCUUUUCCCAGAAGACUUGUAUGCUGUUACCAUCUUGUUUAAAUAGCUUUAAAAUUGUUUUAACAGUAAAUUAGCAUUUGAUUAAUAGCCCUUGGCUUUUGUCUAGUGUUGGCAGUUAAAAUAAUAACCUUGCUUAAAUUUAUAAUCCUCUGUGGAUUUCACAUGAAUCCAGAAAAACUGCAAUAUUAAAUUUGAGUGAAGCCUUCAGAAUUUUGAAAACUUCUUUUUUAAUGGAAAUGGGAUGAAAAUGAAAACAAAUUUCUCAUUCUUAUGGCUGCGAAAACAUAAAAUAUUGAGCCUUUUGCACCCUCCUUGGCCUCCCGUUCACUAGCAGAAAUAAUUACGCAAUCAAGCAGAUGCCUGCCGACCUGAAAUCUUGACCAGAGCCAGUGUUCCAUGAUGUGAUGUGUGGUUAAAUUAUGGCUGUAGCUGAUGGUGGCAUUGUUUGUAAAAAUCUUGUUUCAUAUGAUUCCAUAGCAAAAUCAGAGGCUGUUUCCGCACGGCCUUUUUAUGGCGCCCUGGGGACGGGAAAAACGCCGUCCCCAGGGAGCCAUUCGCUCAGGUGGCGCUGUUGCAACGCAGCAGCGCCGACCUGACUGCGCUCC